AUGUCUUCUUCGAGUGGAGUUUCUGGCACACUAGACCCUAUAGCGGUAGAUCCAGAUGACCCGGUGCCCACAGAUCCCGAGAUUUAUACGUCUGAUACUGACAGCAAUGAUGAUGAUGAUUUUCAGCCUUUCGCUUUGCCUGAUUUCGGGGACGAUGUUCAGCUCGCUGAUGGUAUUCUAGUCGGGAAUCUACCUCUUGCUGAGAUCCCUGCUCCUGUUCCACUUGCCGCAUUUCCCGUAGAGGAUUUGCCACUCGAUGUUGUGUCUGAUGACGUCAUCGAUCUUUUCGUCGAGGGUCCACCUGAGGACGAUCAUGAGGGUGGGGCCCCGAUUGCUGAUGAUGACUCCAUUCCUUUGGUUGAGGUUCCGGUUGCGGAUGCUGCUGUUUUACCGCCUGUUGAGGCUCUCGCUGAGGAGAUUUUAGCUGAUCAGUCCGGUACUGAUUCUUUUGAGUCGGUAUCCUCUUCCACUUUGCACGCCGUCGGCUUGCGUCGAUAUCCUACUGACUCCGACUCCGAUACAGCUAUGUCAGCUGUACCUGGUUCGCCCCACGAGUUUGUUUUUGAUCCUGAGUUCGAGGAUGAGUUUGAUCCAGUUUUUCCUCCUGAUCACGAGAUCGAGUUUAUUCCUGAUGACCAGCCCUUGGAGGCACCCGUGGUUCCUAUUGAUCAGGUUCUUGAUGUACCUGCCUACUUUGAUAUGGACUUUGUCGACCCUAAGCCUGUCAUGGCACCAAAGCCUGUUAUUGCUCCUGACCCUGUACCUGUGCACGACCCUGUUCUUAUGGAUGCACCAGCCAUUGCACCACCUAUAGUUGAUAUUCCCAUUGUUGCACCACCAGUGGUGGAUGUUCCUAUUGCUGAUGCACCCCUGCCUGAUCCUGUGCCAGCGUUUGUUGACCGUGAACCUUUCGCCACUCACAUCGAUCCAAGAUAUGCCGACACCCAUAACGGGUGGAUCGAGGAUGAUGAUGACUAUCCUCCGUUUGUACUACCAGUCACUCCUCCUGUUGCACCCAUCUAUGCACCGAUCGAUGUUGCCCCUCAUUUUCCGCAUGUGUCAGAUAUCCAUCGCACCGACCUUCCUAUCACUUUUCUCCAGGACAUUCCUCCACUUCGUCCUGGGGAGGGUUCGUCGAGACAGCAGCCUGCUUUUGUCCCACCUGUAUCGUCGGCUAUUCCAUUCAUGUCUCAGUUUCCUCACACUACACCAUCUUUUGUACCUUCGGGCGAGCCGUUCUGUGGUCUUCGCCCAAUAUCAUGCCCUUAUCAAACCCGUAUCACCCUUUCCAUGUCGGAUAUUCCACGGAGGACAUGCUUAUAUCUCUACAGUUAUAGCAGGACACAUUGA